ACCUUGGUGUUUAAAGCUUUGUCAUAGUUAACUUCCUGAAGACAUUUAAUCACUGGUUGAAAGUUUCCAGUUACGUACAGAAUUUUAAGAGAAGGUCCAGAAAGCGAUUUCCUUUAUGAUUGUCUACUCAUGGCAAGAUUCUUAUUCUGCAUUACCUUUUACUCCAGUCUGUGUAAUAGCUUGAAGAACAAUAUCUUUUGUUCCUUUUUGACAUACCUUUGCGAGCCCUUACUCGUUCAUACAGAGAAAGAAUCUUUUUACUAUUACCAGAUUGGCAAUACCAUGUGUGUAUUUUCCCUGAAUAAAUACAAGACUUCUUUGUAGUUUCUUCUGCUAAGUUCUAAUUAUAUAUCCACAUGGGUUCAAAAAUUUCUCGAGUCAAGCAAUUUGCAAAACGUGACAUGAAGAUUCUAAUGUUAGGUCUUGAUGAUUCUGGAAAGACAAUGAUUCUGUAUAAGCUAAAGUUGGGGGAUUUUGUUGCAACUGUGCCCACCAUAGGUUUUAACGUGGAAGCUCUGGAGUACAAGAACAUCAGAUUCACUGUGUGGGAUGUAGGAGGGCAAGAUAAGAUACGGCCUCUAUGGAGACAUUACUACCAGAAUACGCAGGCACUUAUCUUUGUAGUGGAUAGCAAUAACAAACGAAGAAUUUACCAAGCCCGGAAUGAAUUGCAUCGCCUCUUAAAUGAGGAUGAACUGAGUGAUGCGACAAUACUUAUUUUUGCCAAUAAGAAAGACUUGCCAAAUGCUAUGCAUGUUUCUGAGGUUGCUGACAAACUAAAGUUGCACACUAUCUCUAAAUGCCAUUGGCACAUACAGAGUACUUCUGCAACCACCGGUGAAGGACUAUAUGAAGGUCAACCUGGCUGAGCAAGAAUAUUCCCAUCAAAGUAGCACAAGCCGGCUCAUGCAUCUCUAUGCCAACCUGUAGAAUCAGGGAGCCUAGGCUCACAUAACUUCCAAGAAGAGACGGGUGGGGUGGCGGAUGGGCUCCUCGCUCUUAGUCAGGCAGAAAUCUAUACAAGAGCUUGAUGCGUGAUUUUUAAUGAGCUUAGAGAACUAUUCUCUAUUAUUUAAUCUUCAUUUUUAGUUAUAAACUUGAGUAAGUUGAGCCUA